AUGGAUUGCCUCAAAGUGCCUGAGGCUGGCCUGCUGUUGCAGGGCCCUCUCGGCCAAGACACUCCUCUCCCUCCACAAGCCUUUGCUCUCUCGCUGAGUGGCAGCACCGUCGACAGCCUCAUUCGAGCCGCUCGCAAUGGAACAUCCAUUGAGCUUGCCCUUGGAAAAACUCCCACCCUCCAUUACGGCAGCGAAUCCCACCGCAUAGCACGUCCCGAUACCUCAUCACCCUACGAUCUCUACUUGACACGACCGUUUGAGUCGUACCGCGUGGCCGCCAGGCUUCCCGUCACCACCACUCUAUUUACCAAGCCCCCCCCAAGCAAGACGAAACAAAAAAAGACUUCUCUGGGCAAAGGUGCAGGUUCCGGGCUGGAUUCUGGUAUUGAAGCUUUGCAAAGUGGGCUAGCCGCCCACGAAGCUGCCAAGGAAAGGACGCAAAUGAUCGAGAGAGCCCCAAAUGCGGGCAAAUCCAGCAAGGCCAAGAACAAGCUCCUCUCCGGUUAUAAUGCUGUUCCCCGAUCGAUAGCGACGUCACCAAGCCACAACCCAUCUCCAGCGACGACACCCGCACCUUCAGCAGCGAAGCAAGCCGUCGAAAGGGCAAAGGAACAAAGAUUGCUACUUGUUCAUGAACUCGCUGCUGGUGAAAAAUCGAUAGAAUACCUACGGCAAAAAUGGCAGGGCCGGCCAGAUGAUUUCAAGUCUACACUGGAAAAGGUGGCCGAGUACCGCUCCGAGACCGAGUCCUGGAGCAUGAAAAAGCCGUAUUGGAAAGAGCUUGACGUCUGGAAUUACGACUACGCCAGCCAAGAAGAGCGACAAACGGCGAUUGAGAACGCCAUCCGACAAUUCGACAAGCAACGGCUGUCCUCCUUCGAACCCGAAUGGCAAAAAUUGCUCAAGAAGGAAGAGCGUAACCAGGGCAAGUGCCUGAGCCGGCUUCAAGCAUCCUUGGCAAAGGGCCCGACUCAGCCGGCACCCAAAAUCAAGGUGCAGAAGGUCGACGAUAGUUCUACCUCCAAGGACGAUGGAGACAGCCACAGUCUCGGCAGCGACCGAAGCAGGGCUGGUGGCGAAAGCAUGUCCAGGACGAACUCCGCCGGAAGUGUCACCAAACCAAGAAAGACAGUCAAAGAGCCGGAGCCGAAGCGGGCGGUGCCAACCACCAAAUCGAAGCCGGCCAUGCCCAAACCUUCGCCGACGAAGCCCAAGACUGCUGGUACUAAAACAAAUGGGGGACGUGUCUUGUCGAAAGAGAUCAUUGAGAACUCCGACUCGUCUGGGGACGAAGCGCUGCUCGCGAAAUCCAGGCCGAAGCCGAAGCCGAAGCCAACCGUCGAUAAGGCGCCACCUCCGCGCCCUGUUGCGAAACCUGUUGCGAAGCCUGCCCCGAAGCCUGCCGCUAAGCCAGCCCCGAGGCCUGUCGCGAAGCCUGUCGCGAAGCCUGUCGCGAAGCCUGUCCCAAAGCCUGCUCCUGCAAAGCGGCCCCAUUACGAUGACGAUGAAUCGAGCUCAAGCUCGGGCACGCCACUUUCAAAGAGACUGAAGCAGAAGCCUCCGCCACAGAAUGGCUCGAAGCUCAAGGAUCGUGCGCCAGACUUGAACAACUCAUCUCGGCCCGCGGCAAAGACAAUCCCGACUAAGUCCAAGAACACCUCGCCAAUCAAGUCCUCACCGCUGGCUACUUCGCCGCCUACCAACGCUUCCGACAUCGAGUCGGAUCACCGGCCCCCAGUCAAGAAACGCAAAGCGGACCUGGGUAGCAGAGCGGGGGCGACGAAAUACCGGGCAACAGAACGAGGGCGCCAAGAAGUAUCCCAGGACUUGUUGGAGAAGGCGACAGAGUUCCAUUCGUACUACGAAAAGUACGCAGACUUGCACUACCAGAUGGAGGCGCUGGCCCAUCCGCCGCAGGAAAAAGUAGAAAAUCUUGUCAACAUGCGACACAAGCUGGAGGCGAUGAAGAGGGAAAUUUAUGGCAGAGCCUGA